UUGGACGAUCAGUUGGACGAUCAGUUGGUCGACCAGUUGGACGAUCAGUUGGUCGAUCAGUUGGUCGAUCAGUUGGACGAUCAGUUGGACGAUCAGUUGGACGAUCAGUUGGUCGACCAGUUGGACGAUCAGUUGGUCGACCAGUUGGACGAUCAGUUGGUCGAUCAGUUGGACGAUCAGUUGGUCGAUCAGUUGGUCGAUCAGUUGGUCAACCAGUUGGACGAUCAGUUGGUCGACCAGUUGGACGAUCAGUUGGUCGAUCAGUUGGUCGAUCAGUUGGUCGAUCAGUUGGACGAUAAGUUGGACGAUCAGUUGGACGAUCAGUUGAUCGAUCAGUUGGACGAUCAGUUGGACAAUCAGUUGGUCGACCAGUUGGACGAUCAGUUGGUCGAUCAGUUGGACUAUCAGUUGGUCGAUCAGUUGGUCGAUCAGUUGGUCGAUCAGUUGAUCGAUCAGUUGGACGAUCAGUUGGUCGACCAGUUGGACGAUCAGUUGGUCGAUCAGUUGGUCGAUCAGUUGGUCGAUCAGUUGGUCGAUCAGUUGGUCGAUCAGUUGGACGAUCAGUUGCCCAACCAGUUGCCCGACUAG